CACACUCGGAAGCGGGCCGCCAAAUCCGUCCUUGCGCAGACGCCGCCGCCGAGGCGCUCGCCCAGCCCAAGGCGCGCCUGCGCACGUCCCCACGCACGCUCCGGCGUACGGCGGCGGCCAGGGGUCGCGAGCCGGUGGAGGACCCGAGCGCGCGGAGCAGCCCGGGGAGUCGGCGCUUCUUUCCCUCCCUCCCCCACUCCCCUCCCCGCUCCCUCCCCCUUUCCCCAAGAAUGUUCCGCUACGAGUCUUUGGAGGAUUGUCCUCUAGAUGAAGAUGAAGAUGCAUUUCAGGGUCUGGGAGAAGAAGAUGAGGAGAUUGAUCAAUUCAAUGAUGAUACAUUUGGGUCAGGUGCAGUUGAUGAUGAUUGGCAGGAAGCACAUGAGCGCCUGGCUGAGUUGGAAGAGAAGCUACCAGUGACAGUUAAUGAACAAACAGGCAAUGGAGAGAGGGAUGAGAGGGACGAGAUGGACCUGUUGGGUGACCAUGAGGAGAAUCUAGCAGAGAGGCUCAGUAAGAUGGUGAUUGAAAAUGAACUGGAAGAUCCAGCUAUCAUGAGGGCUGUGCAGACCAGGCCAGUUUUACAACCUCAACCAGGAAGUCUGAAUUCCAGCAUCUGGGAUGGGUCUGAAGUUCUGAGGCGAAUCCGUGGACCACUACUUGCUCAGGAAAUGCCUACAGUAUCUGUAUUAGAAUAUGCCUUGCCUCAGAGGCCCCCACAGGGCCCAGAAGAUGAUCGUGACCUUUCUGAGCGAGCAUUACCAAGGAGGUCGACUUCACCUAUCAUCGGAAGUCCUCCUGUUAGAGCUGUUCCCAUAGGCACCCCACCCAAGCAGAUGGCUGUUCCCAGCUUCAACCAACAACAGAUUCUGUGUCCAAAGCCUGUCCAUGUUCGGCCGCCAAUGCCACCACGUUAUCCUGCUCCCUAUGGUGACAGGAUGUCGCCAAACCAGCUCUGCAGUGUCCCGAACUCUUCCCUCCUGGGUCACCCUUUUCCUCCUGGUGUUCCCCCUGUACUUAGCCCCCUCCAGAGAGCACAGCUUCUUGGAGGAGCACAGCUACAGCCUGGACGGAUGUCUCCCAGCCAGUUUGCACGGGUCCCUGGGUUUGUUGGUAGCCCACUGGCUGCCAUGAAUCCCAAGUUGCUGCAAGGGCGAGUCGGGCAGAUGCUUCCCCCAGCUCCAGGCUUUCGUGCCUUCUUUAGUGCUCCACCCCCCGCUACACCACCUCCACAGCAGCACCCUCCUGGUUCAGGACCUCACCUGCAAAACCUAAGAUCUCAGGCCCCACUGUUUAGACCAGACACAACUCACCUUCACCCACAGCACCGGCGACUAUUACAUCAGAGGCAGCAGCAGAAUAGAAAUCAGCAUAGGAAUCUCAAUGGUGCUGGAGAUAGAGGAAGUCACCGGACCAGUCACCAAGAUCAUCUUCGAAAGGAUCCAUAUGCUAAUCUCAUGCUGCAGCGGGAAAAGGAUUGGGUCUCUAAAAUCCAGAUGAUGCAACUGCAGAGCACUGAUCCCUACCUGGAUGAUUUUUAUUACCAGAAUUACUUUGAAAAACUGGAGAAACUGUCAGCUGCUGAAGACAUGCCAGGCGAUGGCCCUAAGAAGGAGCGCACCAAGCUCAUCACCCCUCAGGUGGCCAGGCUGGAGCAUGCCUAUAAGCCUGUGCAGUUCGAAGGCUCUUUGGGGAAGCUUACUGUCUCUAGUGUGAAUAAUCCUCGGAAAAUGAUCGAUGCUGUUGUGACAUCUCGGAGUGAGGAUGAUGAAACAAAAGAAAAACAAGUUCGGGACAAGAGAAGAAAAACUCUUGUCAUAAUUGAGAAAACCUAUAGUUUACUUCUUGAUGUGGAGGAUUAUGAAAGGCGCUAUCUUCUGAGCCUGGAAGAAGAGCGGCCCGCCCUGAUGGAUGAAAGAAAGCACAAAAUCUGUAGCAUGUAUGACAACCUGAGGGGCAAACUCCCUGGGCAGGAAAGGCCAAGCGAUGACCACUUUAUACAGAUCAUGUGUAUCAGAAAAGGGAAGAGAAUGGUUGCCCGCAUUCUCCCUUUCCUCUCCACAGAGCAAGCAGCUGAUAUUCUCAUGACAACUGCCAGGAACCUCCCUUUCCUUAUCAAGAAGGAUGCACAAGAUGAGGUGCUGCCAUGCUUGCUGAGUCCCUUCUCUCUCCUCCUCUAUCAUCUUCCAUCAGUGACUGUCACCAGCCUUCUGCGGCAGCUAAUGAACCUACCUCAGAGUGCAGCUGCACCAGCGCCCUCCAGCCCUCCCCUCACUGCUGUGCUGCAGAACAAGUUUGGCUUGUCACUGCUCCUUAUCCUCCUGAGCCGUGGAGAAGACCUGCAGAGUUCAGACCCUACGACAGAAUCAACGCAAAAUAACCAGUGGACAGAGGUGAUGUUCAUGGCAACCAGAGAACUUCUCCGGAUCCCUCAAGCAGCCCUGGCCAAGCCAAUCUCUAUACCCACAAAUCUAGUGUCCCUUUUUUCUCGCUAUGUUGACCGGCAAAAACUGAACUUGCUGGAGACAAAACUACAGCUGGUUCAGGGGAUACGAUAAAAGAUCUCCAGUGAUCUCCAGUGUCCUCUUGGCUGCCACCUGCACUGCUGCCAGCACCUAUGGGGUAUUGUUAAUGAGGGAGGGAAGGUAGCUUAUGCCCCAAAGCAAAGCCUUGUGGGAUGAAUUCCUGUUUACAGGGUUGUCUCUAAAUGCCAGGUGUCUCCCCACUGCUCUGAAAUCUGGCUGGUGAUGCUUCUGCUGGUCUUUACCUUCUGUGUUCCACUUCUGCAUGUCCUUUCACUCAGUUCUUCUCAGUUUUGCAUUUCCUUUGCCCUAGACACACAAGUAUAACAUCUCCCUUAUCCCAUUGCCACUGCUAUAGUUCCCCUAGGUUGUAGCCUGCCAAAGGAGUCCUGCCCUUACCCUACUGAAGUCUCUUCAUCAUCCCUUAUUAAUAUGACUAUAGGAGACCCAAAAUUAGUAGAAAUUGAGAUAUAGGUAAAUAUACACACAUCCCUACACAUUUAUGUGGUCUCCAGAGGGUCUUUAAAGAAUGAGUUUUAGAUUGAAAACUAUUUAGUUGACAUAUACCUCUAAAUACAAAUCAGCUGAUACAUUUUUAGUCUGUUUCUGUUCCAUCUUGGAAUUAAUUUGGUGGGUUCUACUUUUUAAUAUAUAAAUACAGGGUAUACAGCAUAUUAAAUGAAAUCAAAAUUCUUAAUUGGCUGACGCCCAGCUCUAGGCUGAGAAGUCUUUUCCUCCCAUCUGUAUUUCCUUUGUUCCUGUCAACCUUAAUGGAAACAGCACACACGGUUAAGCCUUCUUUCUUCCUGCUACUACAGCGCACUUGAGCCUGUCCGCUCAGGUGCAUUCAGGAGUACCCAAGAUGACCCUUACUUCCAGCCUGCUUCUGCAGUGUCGCCUGUUGCAUACUCACACCGUCUUCCUGACCUGACGUCUGUAAGCCAUGCUGCUGCUGCUUGCCACUGUCCUGAUAGAAACCUCCAAAUACAGCCAUGGCCACUGAGUUUGGGCCGCCCCACUCAUCCCUCUCCUUCACCCACAACAAAACUGUCCUGGCUGCUGAGUCUCACCUGAGCCUCAUCCACAGGCAGCCACGGGCCUUGGUUUGAAUCUUAGCAGGGAUAGCCUGCCACAAUCUUAAUCAUUUACCUUUCUUCCCUCUGGCAAUCAACCAGAAUAAGGGGCUUUAAUCCCUCAUGAUUACAGUCCUGAAAAACGAAAUUGAAUUAAUUUUAUUUACCAUCCUGAUCAUGUCUGCUGUUCUCACCUUUUGAAUGUAGUCAGGGGGGACAGGCUGAUAUUUAAAGAGAAUAAACAUUUUGCACAUCCAUGUAUUGUACAACAGUGAAGCCCUCCAUUACGACCAGCUGUCCCUGUUCUCACCUCCACUUCUCACUCUGCAGCUUCAGGCUCCACCAGCUGCGCACCUGUGGCAGUCCCUACCUUCCCUCCACCAACUGCUGACUGUCCACUGCGCCUUCCUCCCCUCCCUUCACACCUGACCAAGUGAACACUUGAUUUCUUCCUUACUGUGCUUUAUCUUUCUGUUCAGUUCUAAUUAAUAAAAAUAAAGGUUUCUAAAUUUACAUUUUUAUAGGGUAUUGUAAAUAAACAAAUUGUAUACUUGAA